AUGUUUAGCAAAAACCCCUUUCGUCAUAAAGACGGCGAGUCUAGAAAGAAAAGAGACUAUCGAGAUGAUCAAACAGAGGCACCAAGGGGAGGUUCAAGAGCUUCAUCGAGAUCUCGAGACAACCGCGAACGAUCUGACGUAGCUUCCCAAGAUCCAAAAGUUCCGAACAUGGGUUAUCUUAGAAGGACCCUCAAAGAAUUUGCAUGCAUGCCUGGAUUGGCGGAAGACAUUGGUCCUCUCUUACAUGAAGUGAAAAUAAAACUAGAAAAAUUACACGAGAUCGAUGGGAUUCUAAAGGGGCGAAGCAAGGUUGGAAUUAAUGUUGAAAAAUGCACGGAACAUCUUGUAAAAGCUCGGCAAAUCCAUUGGGAAAUUGAGAACUCUAUCAAGAAUGAAGAUAGAGAACUCAAGAAAGGAGGGCCGGUACAGACAGAAGGGGAUGCAACGGCUUAUGAAAAAGCAUUUAAAGAUGCUAACGGGUGUUCACCUGAGACAUGGGAGAUCAUGAGAAAAAUGGGGGAAAGCGAGGAUGUUUUAGACCCUGUCAUCAUUCGAUAUCGUCAGAUUCUCAAAUCAAAGAAUUGUAGGGAGAAUGAGGUCAAGGAGAAAGUAGUAAAGGAACUUAUUUCAAAGUCUAUGGAACUCAAAGCAACACAUGAGAGAGCACAAUCUAUUCUUGAGAUAGAUAAUCCUCAAAGGCAGAGCAGGGAGCCGAGGAGUGAUACGCGGGUUCCUCGACCAAAUAAUACCAGGAACUAUACGGGGCGUGAUCGUUAA